AUGAAGGACGAACAGAUUGUCGGUCGCGCCCUCGCCGAGGUGCUGCCUCAGACAAAUAGAUACUGGUUUCAGACACCGCAUCUGUUACGGCUGAAUUUGAUUCUGCUUAUUCCGUUGCUCUCUUCUUCGGUAGCAGGCUACGAUGGCUCUUUGAUGAACGGUCUCCAAUCCUUGAAGCAAUGGCAGACUUACUUUGGCAAUCCCGCGGGAGCUCUGCUUGGACUUAUCAACGCCGCCCAAUCUAUCGGAUCCGUCGCAGUGCUUCCUUUUGUCGGAGUGCUGUCAGAUCGAUAUGGUAGACGGGUUGUGCUUCUCAGUGGUCUGAUCGGAGUCAUCAUAGCCACUAUCAUCCAAGCGACAUCGACUACGCUGGCGCAAUUUGUCGUCUCACGUUUUGUUGUCGGCGCGGCGGGCAUGUUCGUGGUGCAACCAUCGCCGAUGCUGAUCGCCGAGCUCGCAUAUCCCACGCACCGUGGCAAGUACACGUCUGCUUUCUGGACAAUGUACUAUCUGGGAGCGAUUCUCGCUGCAUGGACGACAUUUGGUACCGAGAAACGACAAGAUAACUGGAGCUGGAGAGUCCCCACAAUCCUCCAAGCUGGAUAUCCCCUACUGCAGCUGGCAUUCUUCUGGGCUCUGCCAGAAUCUCCUAGGUGGCUUGUAGCUCAAGAGCGUACCGAGGAAGCACAAGCUAUUCUGACAAAGUAUCACGCUGGUGGAGAUCACGAUAGCCCCCUCGUGAAUCGAGAGAUUAGUGAGAUCGUUCAGGCCAUUCGAAACGAAAGGGCUGCAUCGACUGUCAACUGGGGCUCAUUGGUCGCAACCCCGGGAAACCGCAAGCGUCUUUUCAUUGCGGUGUGCCUCGGUGCUUUUGCUCAAUGGAACGGCAUCGGUGUUGUCAGCUAUUAUCUCACCCUUGUCCUCGACUCCAUCGGUAUCACCGACUCAUUCGAUCAAACGCUCAUCAACGGGCUUCUUCAAAUCUUCAAUUUCGGCGCCGCCCUCGGCGCGGCAUUCCUUGUUGAUCGCCUCGGUCGCCGUACCCUCUUCAUUUGGAGCGGUAUUGGCAUGUUGAUCUCAUACAUUGUCUGGACAGCGUGUUCAGCGGUCAACAACGAGGAAAACAACAAAGCCGCCGGUUAUGUCGUCGUUGUGUGUCUUUUCGCUUUCUACUUCCACUACGACAUCGCUUAUACGCCACUUCUCAUGUCGUACCCUACGGAGAUCUUUCCGUACACGCUUCGGUCCAAGGGUAUCACUUGUGAGCUGUUGUCGAUCUAUUGCUCGCUGGUCAUUGCUGCUUUCGUUAACCCAAUCGGUAUGGAGAAUCUCGGCUGGAAGUACUACAUUGUUUUUUGUUGCUUCCUUGCGGUUUUCUUGGCCGUUACGUGGAUAGUUUUCCCGGAAACAAAGGGUCGCAGCUUGGAAGAGAUUGCUGAGAUCUUUGACGGACCAAGCGCUCAUGUUGAUGUACAGGAAGCGGAGAAGGAACAGGUCUUCGCAGACAAGGAGCACAAGGAGGUAGCAUAG